AUGCUCGCGCGCGCCAGCCGCGUCAGCCGCGUCAGCCGCGCCAGCCACGCCAGCCGCGUCAGCCGCGCCAGCAUCGACGCGGCCUCGGAGCGCAAGUCCCGCGUCAGCGCGAUCUUCCAGCGCGCCGUCGGCCGCCUGCGUGAGGAGCAGGUGGCCGAGGAGCAGCUGAACGCGACGUGGGACGAGGAGCGGGGGCACCAGAUCAUGCAGCAGCGGCAGCGCACCGGCGACGAGGUGCUCUACAGAUAUCGCGCAAGCCGCGCGAGCGCUGCGGCCGCGGAGCCGACCCCUCCGCCGCAGCCGGCGGCCAAGGCGCCCUCGCUGCUCCGGACCGUAACGUCCUUCAUGCUCUCGUCACGAAACAAGGCGGAGGCGGCACAUGCCUGA